AUUGAAUUCUUAUCUUUUGAGAUAAGCGCACUUGUAAAAUAUGAACAAAUUAACACAUAAGAUGGAUCAUUACAUCAACAAAAAAUGAACUUCAAUAUUGGAGCAUCUUCUUACAUAUCAUCGUCUUCUUCCGAUGAUGAUGCUUUAGUGAUGAACACUAUAGCACAACUUGAUGAAGAAGAAAAAAUGAUGAUAGUGGCACUAAAAAACAACAACAUGACAAUAAGUCAUUGUAUUGGUGAGCUCAAUAGGCCUAUUAGGCACCAUGGACCAAUUCAUGGUCAUGUGGUGAUAGACCGUGAUCAAGAGAUGUGAGACAAUAAUUUGAUCCCGGACUAUUUCUCUCCCAAUCCACGUUACGAAGAAGCAUUAUUUCAUUGACGAUAUCGUAUGUCGUGAGAUUUGUUCCUAGAAUUUGUUUGUGCAAUUACAAUUCAUGACAAUUAUUUCCACCAACGAAGAAGUGCAACAGGCAGACUCGGAUUAUCAGCUUUACAAAAAAUAACAACUGUAUUUUGUAUUUUGGCUUAUGGUGUGCUUGCGGAUGCCAAAUACGAGUACGUUAUAGUAGGCGAGUCUACAGCAAUUGAAAGUAUGAAAAGGUUUUGUCGAUCUAAUGUCAAAAUAUAUGGAGAGCGCUAUCUAACAAGACCUAAUGACAAUGACAUAGCGAGACUGUUUGACAUUGGAAAACAACGUGGAUUUUCAAGAAUGUUGGGAAGUCGUGAUUGCAUGCAUUGGAAAUGGAAAAAUUGUCCAACUGCAUGGGCAGGAUAAUAUUCUGGUCGUAGUGGCUCACCAACUAUCAUUCUUGAAGCUGUGCACAGGGUAUUGCUCCUCCUGCUCAUUAUAUUAUUCAAGGAAAAGAGUACAAUGUUGGUUACUAUUUAGCGGAUGGUAUAUAUCCAAAGUGGUGAGCACUUGUCCAAACAAUUCAUCAACCACAAGGUAGAAAGAAGAAAUAUUCUGCCAUGAGACAAGAAGCAUGUAGAAAAGAUGUUGAACGUGCCUUUGGAGUUUUGCAAUCCCGAUUUGCAAUUAUCGUGGGACCUUCAAGUUUUUGGAAGAAAAAAGUCUUUUAUGACAUAAUGAGUGCAUGUAUUAUUAUGCAUAAUAUGAUAAUAGAGGAUGAACGUGAUAUACAUGCACUAGUUGAAGAUGUGAGAGAUACACUAAUUCCAGAUGUUGAAGUGACAGUUGAUGAGGUAGCGAGGUUCAGUCAAUUUCUUACCCAACAUAAACAAAUUCACGACAAAAAUAGUCAUAUUGAGCUCCCCA